GGACUGCCGCCGCAACGGCCGCGCGUAAAUCUGCGCCCGCGACUGAGUAGUGAGCGAGUGUUUUAUGUUUGUGUUGGUCUGGAAUGUCGUAACGAUACCGCAUCGUGUUUUGUUGUAAUAUUGAAGAAAAAACAUGGAGUAAUAUAUUGACGAUAUAAUUGUGAGAAAUCAAAAUGGGUAGUGGAAAGUUUGGGUUCAACGGUAAAAAGGACAAAGUGGAGGAUAAGACUGAGUUUAGUGUUAAGGAAAAAUGUCGUAAAUUGAAGAAGAAACUUAAGAAGACUGAUGAAACACAGAAGACUGAAAGUGCUAAGGAGAAGACGAUUUGGUGGAACCAAUGCAGUGGACUGAGUGAAAUCGACCAGUACCUUUGGAUGGUAGGCGGUUCAGCUGGAGCCCUGGCACUCACGGGCGUUGCAGCAGCGUCGGCCUUCUACCUCACCACACGCCCUAAGCCUGAGAAGCCACUCGUUACAUUACACGAACAAAGCUUAUUGGAACCAGGUCCAGAAUUAGUUCGUGUAUCGAAAUUCUACAAAGAAGCAAAGAAUGGCCGAUUCCUGCGGUAUCUUCACGACGACACGCGCACACUGUACGAGACCUUUCGCAGAGGUGUUAAAGAAUCCAAUAAUGGCAACUGUCUCGGGUGGCGCGAGGGGCCAAAUAAGCCCUACGUGUGGCAGACAUACAAUGAGACCCUCCUGCGAGCUAAAAACUUUGGUUCGGGCCUGUUAUGCCAAGGCGUUGCCCCAGGCCAAACCACCUUUGUCGGUAUUUACGCCCAAAAUUGUCCAGAGUGGAUCAUGACGGAGCAAGCUGCGUACUGCUAUUCGAUGGUUAUAGUGCCGUUAUAUGACACACUAGGAGCCAACGCUUGUGCCUUUAUUAUUAAUCAAACUGAAAUGUCUCUGGUGGUGUGUGAAGACGACAAGAAAGCUAAUUUACUUCUGGAUGAAGCACCCAGGUGCCUUCGUAAAUUAAUCACGAUUAGGGAAGUGUCGCCCUCUACACACCAAAGGGCAAGGAGUCGAGGCGUGGAGAUCCUUAAGUUCAGCGAUGUUGAAAUACAAGGAGCGCAGAAAGAUCAUCCCUGUAUUCCGCCCCAGCCAGAGAAUCUAUGUACCAUCUGUUACACAUCUGGAACCACAGGCAUGCCAAAGGGUGUUAUGCUAAGCCAUGAGAAUGUUGUGGCGUCCAUGUGCAGUGUGACAAUGCAGCUUGGUGAACACAGGCCCACGAAACAUGAUGUGAUGAUUUCGUUUCUGCCACUCGCGCACAUGCUCGAACGUUGUUGUGAGAACGCUCUUUACAUGGUAGGAGGGGCAGUGGGCUUCUAUAGCGGUGACAUUAGGAGAAUAGCAGAUGACUUGGGCGCACUUAAGCCCACCAUGAUGCCUGCUGUACCCAGGCUCCUCAACAGACUCUACGAUAAGGCACAGAGUGAAAUAGCAAGUUCCAAAAUAAAGAAACUUCUCUUUAAUAUGGCACUAUCGGCAAAGGAGUCUGAACUAAAAAGAGGCAUAAUUCGAUCAGACUCAGUGUGGGACAAGUUGGUGUUCCGCAAAGUGCGUGAAGGUAUGGGUGGACGUCUUCGCAUCAUGGUGGUGGGUUCUGCGCCGCUCGCCGGCAACGUGCUGACGUUCGCGAGAUGCGCGCUCGGAUGUCUGAUUGUCGAGGGUUACGGUCAGACGGAGUGCACAGCGCCGGUGACUUUGACGGUUCAGGGAGAUCACGUCCCAGAACAUGUUGGGCCUCCUGUCGCUUGUUGUAAAGUGAAGUUGGUGGACGUCCCAGAAAUGGAGUACUAUGCGGCGCAGGGUCAGGGAGAGAUUUGUGUGCAGGGCGCGAAUGUCUUCAAGGGGUACUUCAAGGAGCCGGAGAAGACUAGGGAAGUUAUCGAUCAGUAUGGCUGGCACCACACUGGUGAUAUUGGCAAAUGGCUACCGAACGGUACCUUAAAAAUAAUUGAUAGAAGAAAACACAUUUUCAAAUUGUCACAAGGCGAGUACAUUGUUCCUGAGAAGAUCGAGAAUAUUUAUAUCAAAAGCCAGUACGUUGAACAAGUUUUCGUACACGGAGAAUCAUUAAAGUCGUGUAUAGUAGCAGUCGUCGUACCUAAUGUUGAUGUAGUGAAGUGUUGGGCCCUCGAAAAUGGAAUCAAAGGCACCUUCUCCGCGCUGUGUGAGAAUGAGAAAGUGAAGAAAAUGAUACUUGAGGACAUGUUGAAUCGGGGCAAACAGGCUGGCUUGAAAACAUUUGAACAAGUGAAAGACAUCUAUUUGCACCCAGAUCCAUUCUCAGUGCAGAACGGACUUUUAACCCCCACCCUGAAGGCGAAAAGACCUGAAAUCAAGAGUUACUUCAAACCACAGAUUGAAGACAUGUACAAACAGUUAGAAUAGCGAUAGCUCUGAAAUGUUUAAUCUUUAUAUAAGUGUCAAAGAUACGUCAGCAAGGUAAGACCGGUCCUACAACAAUAUUUUUAUGUUACAACACAACUGUGAGAUUUAUUUUGGCCAACUUAAUAAAUACUUGAAGUAUGUAUGGCUCUACAGUACGCACUGACCAAGAGUACGUAUAUUGUUCGCAUAAAAAAACUCUAACCGUAGAACAUAAUCUAGUUCCUUAACUGUCAAACCAUAUUCUGUAUUAUUACCAAACACAAGACUAGAAGUGUAUUUGUAUUAUUAUAUGCUUUACGUAUACUCCUUAAUGCAUAUAUACAUACGACAAGUAGAAUAGAACGUUCAUGGCUAAUUUCAUUCAUCCGUUUCAAAUUCGUCCUCCAAGGCUGUGUAAUUCAUAUUUUUCCUUUUUGCUCUCAUACUUGACAGUUUAUCUUCUAAAUAUAUCGGGACCGGUCUUCUUUAAGCUAAAAUAGAAGUGAUAUAAUUUCAGGAACUCAAAUUUAUUACAUUACAUAACUCAGUGGUCAUCGGGAGGCGACAUAGAGUACUCGUAUGUAAUAAAUGUGUUGAAAAAGUUUUAUUUAAAUAGAAGUAACUAAUAACAGUUAUGGUACAUAAUAAGCAAUAAGGUUGAACAGUCAAUUAUGAAUGCGUAAACUUUCAAAGCAAUUUCUAUUAGGCAAUUAGACGGAUAGUAAAAGAAUGUAGUUAUCUAAUGUUGGAUUAUAAAACAAUUAAGCUCCAUUCGAGAUUGCUUGUUUAUGUAGAUUCGAUUGUAGAGGGAACGCUUACUGAAGGUUAUAAUGCACUUUUGUUUGUAAUUUGGUACUUAUCGAUUUAAUGGCGAAAUGUGUGUGCUAUGAAUUUUAUACGCUGAUGACCCUUUUUUAAGCAAUAGUUUUUGAGGCGAUUUUAUCUUAGUUUUGCGUGAGGGUGAAUCUCUUGUGGGCCCGUAGACUGAUUUUUUUAUUUAGUAAUUAAUUUGGCUUGAGAUUGUUAAAACAAGAACAUUAUUGUGUAAUACAUGAAGUUCAAUUAAUAUUGUUUCCAUAUUGACGUCGUACAUAAAUGUGAGAAGAAAUAUAAGCGCGGAAGUUCGCAUCGUAUUGUUUAGUAUACAUGUUUUAAGUACCAGUUUAUAUAAAUAUACAACAAAUAAAUUCUUGGCGUGCCCGAUAUAGAGCCACAGCUCGCAACGGCAGGUAAAUUGGAAAAUAAUUUCACUUGCUUUGCUAUUUUUAAAAUGUAUAAAAGGUAUUCGAUAAUAAAACAGCAUUAAAAUAAUAGUGAACCCUUCAUAAAGACGUCAUUCACAAGAAUUUCAAUAAUCUUGUUAAUAAUGUUAAACGCUGUUUUAUUUGUGUGUCUAUGGGUCCAGCAUAUAAGUCCAUAAGUUUUAUCAUAAUACGUAAAUAGACGAUUUUUUAAUAGCAAAAUCUGUCGCACUUGUAAGUAGAUAAUUUUAUAUUAUCAUUUAUUAAGAUAAUUCUAGCUUUGAGCGAAUGUUGCGGUUUCAUGAUGUCUAAACCAAAAUUUUGUUGUUAUUGGUGCAAGAUUGUACUACAAUAAUUUAUUUUUAAAUAAAAAUUCUU